GUGACUACAUCUACAAUUGCUUUUGGUUGUCACAAGUCAAGGUUUAUUAUUAGCCAAACACACCCACCAAAGCAAUAGGUGCCAAUGGACGUAAAGAGUAAAUUCUUCCAGAAUGGGAAUACGAUGAAUGGGCUAGUCAAGUUUAUCACUGAGCUCCGAACAUGUCGGGCCAGAGAUCUUGAGGAAAAGCGUAUCAACAAAGAACUUGCAAAUAUCCGGUUAAAGUUCAAGGAUUCUAGUCUUAGUGGAUACCAGAAAAAGAAAUAUGUCUGCAAACUUUUGUAUAUGUAUAUUCUUGGAUGGGAGAUUGAUUUUGGCCAUGUCGAAGCAGUGAAUCUACUUGGCUCCACAAAAUAUUCAGAGAAACAGAUUGGAUAUCUUGCAGCAACGCUUAUGCUCAACGAGACUCAUGAACUUACUCGACUUGUGGUGAAUUCAAUCCGACGAGAUCUCGAGAGUCACAAUGAGGUGUUCAACUGCAUGGCUCUUCAUGCCAUAGCUAAUAUUGGAGGUCGUGAAAUGUCCGAGUCGCUUAUUAAUGAUAUUUUUAAACUGUACACAGUUUCCUCUCGUUCACCUUUUGUCAAGAAAAAAUCGGGGCUGACACUAUUGCGAUUAUAUCGAAAAUUUCCUGAUUUAGUUCCUGGUGCAGAGUGGGCUGACAUUAUUUUACCAAUUAUGAGUAGUGAAAGCCUGUCCGUUGCUCUGUCUGCUACCAAUUUAGUGGUUGCCUUGGCCCAGCAGUAUCCAGACGCAUACAGCGGAUGUGUUACUCGAGUUGUUUCUAUACUUUACAAGAUUAUUGUGAGGGGGGAUUAUCCUUCAGAGUAUGCUUACUACAAGAUACCGGCUCCUUGGCUUCUUGUGAAAUUUUUGCGCCUUCUCCAGUAUUAUCCUGUUCCGCAAUCACAGACAGUAUUGGAUGAGCUCCUUACCAUCUUAUCUAAAAUCCUAUCUAAUCCCGAGCGGCCAAAAAACCCGCAACAGCUUAAUGCUCAAAACGCUGUUUUGUUCGAAGCCGUGAAUCUGGCAAUUCAUCUUGAAAGCAGACAUAGUUUGAUCAGUCAGGCGGUUGUGAUUCUUGGAGAGUUUAUUGUAUCCAAAGAAACCAAUCUGCGAUACUUGGCUCUUGAAACAAUGUCUCAUAUUGCUGCUUUGGGAGACCCAUUAUCUAGUUUACGCAACCAUCGAAUAACUGUGAUUGACUCUUUAAAGGACAAAGAUAUCAGUGUUCGCCGGCGUGCUUUGGAUCUAUUGUUCAGCAUGUGUGAUGUUGAUUCAGCUCGUGACAUUGUCACAGAUCUUUUAACAUAUUUAAACUCUGCUGAUUAUGAGAUCCGUGAGGAAAUGGUUUUAAAAAUUGCAAUUCUUGCUGAAAAGUUUGCUACAGAGUACACGUGGUAUAUUGAUGUAAUCAUGAGUUUAAUGACUACUUCUGGAGAUCAUAUUGGCGAUGCUAUUUGGCAUCGUGUUGUCCAUAUUACCACCAACAACGAAGAUCUUCGAGAGUAUGCCACAUAUACAACUUUGCAAGCUCUCAAGCAGCCCAACUGCCACGACAAGAUGAUCAAACUCGGGGGAUAUCUACUUGGUGAAUUUGGUCAUGUUAUUGUAGAAUCGCCUGGUUGUUCGCCAUUGGAUCAGUUUCUUGCUCUACACAACAAUUUUUCAAUGUGCUCUCCAGCGUGCCGUAGUUUGCUAAUGUCGUCAUAUCUUAAAUUUGCAAAUCUAUUUCCAGAAAUCAAACCACAGAUUAUACAAGUUUUUACAAAUCUGUCUCAUGUACUUGAUGUCGAGCUUCAGCAGCGAGCUUGUGAGUAUCUGGCAAUCGUCACACUGCCCGAGGAUAAAAUCCUUCAAGCAGUGUGCGAUGAAAUGCCUCGUUUCCCUGAUCGAGAGUCAUCCCUUCUCUGCCAGCUUCAUCGAAAGCUACACGACACCGAAGAUGUGCGAAUUUGGACAAUUGGUGGAAAGGAUGCACAGGCAGAUUUGCAAACUCAUCGUGAUAAUGCAAAGCUAAACAAGCCGUCUGAAGCACAGACGCUUGAAAAAUCUACGCCGCAGGCCAAGAUCAUAGAUCCCAUUGCUGCAUUAGCUAAAAUCCCUUCUAAUACUGAUGUGCACGAUCUAAUCGGAGUUGAUGAACCAACAAUUUCUGCACCUGAACUUGCUGACAGUAACGAUAUAACCGAAAAGUUUAAUGCGCUGCUGCUUACACAAAGCGGUGUGCUUUAUGAGGAUACAGUUAUUCAAGUUGGAAUUAAAGCAGAGUAUGAGGGAAAUAUUGGCCGUAUUGCUAUCUUCUUUGGAAACAAGUCUUCGGUUUUGCCCCUGACAAAUUUUCAAACUGUGCUGAGUUCUACAGAUCAAAUCAAAAUGGAUCUGAUACAGCCAAUCUCUUCAAGCAUUCCAUCUGCAACACAACUGCAUCAAAUGUACAAUGCUGAGUGUAUUGAUAUACCAGUGGUACAGUUAAUGCUAACAAUCACAUUUAAUAUUGGUGGCCAUUCUGUAAGCCGAAACCUCAAAAUGCCAGUGGUUCUCACCAAGUUUAUUUCUCCUAUUGUGCUUGAUGGGGACGAUUUUUUCUUACGAUGGCGUCAGAUUGGCGGAGCUCCACGAGAAGCUCAAAAAGUAUUUUCUGCCAAUGGAGUUAUUGAUAUUCGUGCAUCAAAGGCUGCUCUUGUUGGAUUUCAGUUUGCUUCUUUGGAAAAUGUUGAUCCCAAUCCAAAUAACUGUGUUUUGGCGGGAGUUUUCAGCUCAACUCAUUUAGGAAAAGUGGGCGUGCUAGUCCGAGUUGAACCAAGCCUUCAGCACCAGAUGUUUCGACUAACCGUUCGUGCAACAAAUGAGACAGUUUCCCAAAAAGUGUGUGAUGCGCUUUCCGAGGCUUUGCUUCGUCAAUAAAGUAAUCUUGUUUAAAUGCAACUUUAAACCUUGGUUAAAUUC